AUGAGCUCUCACGUAGCUCCAUUCUUGCUCGCCGCGUCUUCUUCUUCUUCUGCCCCUGUUGCAGCCUCUUUCCGCUACCCGUUUAUCACCCUCGGCCCACUCUUUCUGCGCACCGCGUCGCGUCUGGCGCUGGUCCGGAACUGGCAAUUGCAUCCCUGCAAAAAAUCCGCCAUCCAGGGUCUCCGUCACUUUGGCUCUACCAAUUCUGCCCCUCCAAAUUCAUCGGCUGCCCCUCCGUUCAUCAACAACGUCAAAGUCAGAGUCACAAACCGCAUUCUCAAAGCACCAACCUCUCGACUGAUUCAUACCACCCCGGACGCCUUCGCCAUGGCUGAGACUGGGGCCAUCGACACGCUGGCGAGCCAGGUCGGCAGCAUUUCUCUGUCAGACGCUGCUGUCACCUACCCCAAGGCGCAUCCUCACACCAACCCUCUCGAUCUCUGGAGAAUCCACAUUGCCGACACUCUUUCCAAGAUCUCGGGAGUCGAAAAGUCCAUCAUCUUCCCGGUGAUUGCGUGGACCCAGUCGCUGGACAAGGGCGACUUCAUCAUUGCUGUGCCUGCUCUGCGCAUCAAGGGAGCAAAGCCAGAUGCCCUGGCAGCCGAGUGGGCUGACAAGUGGCCUGAGGAUGAUCCUCUCGUCAAGAAGCCCGAGCCUAGCAAGAGCUUCCUCUCUUUCUACAUCAAGGGCACCCCGGCGACGCAAGCUGUUUUGAAAGUGAUUCGCGAACAGGGAGCUGACUACGGCAAGGCUGCUUUUGAUGGCCUGCGAGAUCCCCAAGAUCCUUCCAAGGGUCGCAAGAAGAUAAUUGUCGAGUUCUCUUCUCCCAACGUGGCGAAGCCGUUCCACGCUGGGCACCUGCGUUCCACCAUCAUCGGUGGCUUCCUGAGCAACCUAUAUGAGGCAGCCGGGUGGGAUGUGAAGCGAAUUAACUAUCUCGGUGAUUGGGGUAAACAGUACGGACUUCUCGCUUUGGCGUACGAGAAAUACGGAGAUGAUGCAGAGUUAAAGCGCGAUCCUAUCGAUCAUCUGUUCAAGCUAUACGUCCGCAUCAACGCCGAAAUGUCAGCGGAGAAGGAGAAUAUUGAAGCAGAGAAAAAGGAGGGCAAGGAUGUCGCCGAACUCGAGGCCACAAGUCUCGAUGAGCAGGCACGUAGAUAUUUCAAGAUGAUGGUGGACGGCGACGAAGCCGCCCUCUCCCAAUGGAGGCACUUUCGCGAUCUGUCUAUCGACAAGUACAAACAAACGUAUGCUCGCCUCAACAUUCGAUUUGAUGAGUACAGUGGCGAAAGUCAGGUCACAGAAGAGGCCAUGGCCAAGACUGGCGGUGAGAUGACGGAACGUGGCAUUAGUGAGAACGACAACGGCUCGGUCCUCGUUGACUUCACAAAGCACGUCAACGGCAAAGAGGGUAAGCAGCUCGGCAAGGCUGUCCUUCGGAAGAGGGACGGCACCGCUUUGUACCUGACCCGUGAUGUCAGUGAGCUGAAGGGCCGCCAUGAAAAAUACAGCUUUGACAGGAUGUUGUACGUUGUCGCGUCUCAGCAAGAGCUCCACCUCAAGCAACUGUUCAAGAUCACGGAGCUCCUCGGAUACGAAGAUAUUAGGAAAAAAUGCCAGCACAUCUCCUUCGGCAUGGUUCUCGGCAUGAGCACACGAAAGGGAACUGUCAAAUUCUUGAACGAUAUUCUCCGUGAUGUUGGCGAUCAUAUGCACGAAGUCAUGAAGCGCAACGAGGAUAAGAUCAAUAACUACAACUUCAACAUGGAAGCGAUGACCUCCUUUGAAGGUGACACCGGCCCUUACCUGCAGUACGCCCACGCUCGCCUGUGCUCGAUCCGCCGCAGGGCGGAUCUUACUGAUGCCGAGAUUGCGUCGGCCGAUCUCAGCCUCCUCACCGAGGAGCAUGCAAUCAACGUCGUUCGCUAUCUGUCCCAGUGGCCCGAUGUCUUCCAGAACACACUGAAGACCCUCGAGCCCACUACUGUCCUCACGUACCUGUUCCGCAUGACACACGUCAUCAGCAGCAGUUACGACCAUCUUCAGGUUGUUGGCAGUGAGCCCGAGCUGAAGAAGGCCCGCAUGGCUCUCUACGACGCGGCUAGGAUCGUCUUGCACAAUGCCAUGUCGCUGCUGGGCCUGUCGCCGGUUGAACGUAUGUAA